AUGGCCGUCCGCGGCGGCAACGCCCUGACGCCUUUCUCCAUCCAGGCCAUCCUCAACAAGAAGGAGGAGCGCGCCCGCCACGCCGCGGGGCGGCCGCCGCCUCCCGGGCCGGCCAGUGGCUGGAGGCUGUGCGGAGCCGCCGAGGACCCGCCGCUGCCAUCGCCCGCAGCCCGCGCUCCGGCCCCGCGGAUGCCGGCGGGCUGGGACUCGGACUCUGCGCUCAGCGAGGACCCCGAGGGCGAGCGACGGUCCGAGGAGGAGAGCGCCGCUGCUAGCUCCCGCCCCGCCGAAGACGGGCGGGGGGCGGCCGGCGGCGACAGAGGAGGCGCAACCCCCAGAGGCGGCGGAGCGGGACGCCGCCGGCCUCAGUGACAGCGAGAUGUCGGCCGCCGUCUCAGAUCGCAGCCCCGCGGAGGAGGAGGACGGAGCGGGCAAGUGGGGAAUCUGUUGCCGGGAGAAGAGGAGGCGGCAGCGCCGAAGCCGCGGAAGAAGCGCUCCCGCGCAGCCUUUUCCCACGCGCAGGUCUUCGAGCUGGAGCGGCGCUUCAACCACCAGCGGUACCUGUCGGGGCCCGAGCGGGCCGACCUGGCCGCCUCCCUGAAGCUCACCGAGACUCAGGUGAAGAUCUGGUUCCAGAACCGGCGGUACAAGACCAAGCGGCGGCAGAUGGCCGCUGACCUCCUAGCCGCUGCCCCCGCCGCCAAGAAGGUGGCCGUCAAGGUGCUGGUGCGCGACGACCAGAGACAGUACCACCCCGGUGAGGUGCUGCGGCCGCCCUCGCUGCUCUCCCUCCAGCCCUCCUACUACUACCCCUACUACUGCCUGCCCGGGUGGGCUCUGUCCACCUGCGCAGCAGCCGCCGGCACCCAGUGAGAGGCAUGAAAACAUACCCCGCAGCACUCCCACCACACACACUGGCAGCCAGGAAACCCAUCUCCCCUCUGUCA